AUGGCCACCCGCCGGGCCAUCUCGUCGGUCCUACGCACCGCCUCCCGCAUCCGCGCCGCCUCCCCUUCCCCGUGCCCCCGCGCGCCGCUCCACCGCCCGUCCCCGGCCGGCUUCCUGCUCAACCGCGCCGCCGCCUACUCGUCAUCCGCCGCGGCGCAGGCCGCUCCGGUCACGCCGCCACCCACCUCCGAUAAGCACACCGGCACUAAGAUUACCGAUGAAUUCACCGGCGCCGGUGCGGUGGGUGAGGUGUGCCAGGUCAUUGGGGCCGUGGUGGACGUGCGGUUCGACGAGGGUCUCCCCCCGAUCCUGACGGCGCUGGAGGUGCUCGACAACAGCAUCCGCCUUGUGCUCGAGGUGGCACAGCAUCUCGGGGAGAACGUCGUCCGCACCAUCGCUAUGGACGGGACGGAAGGUCUCGUCCGCGGCCAGCGCGUCCUCAACACCGGCUCCCCGAUCACUGUCCCUGUUGGUAGGGCGACUCUUGGGCGUAUUAUCAAUGUUAUUGGUGAGCCAAUUGAUCACAAGGGAGAUAUAAAAACAAACAGUUACCUGCCUAUCCAUCGUGAAGCCCCUGCUUUCGUUGAGCAAGCUACCGAGCAACAAAUCCUUGUUACUGGAAUUAAGGUUGUGGAUCUACUUGCACCCUAUCAAAGAGGUGGUAAAAUUGGUCUCUUCGGUGGUGCAGGGGUGGGCAAAACUGUCCUUAUUAUGGAGUUGAUUAACAACGUUGCCAAGGCCCAUGGUGGUUUCUCUGUCUUUGCUGGUGUUGGAGAACGUACACGUGAGGGUAAUGACUUGUACAGGGAAAUGAUUGAGAGUGGUGUCAUUAAGCUCGACGACAAGCAGAGUGAGAGCAAGUGUGCUCUUGUGUAUGGGCAAAUGAAUGAGCCCCCUGGUGCUCGUGCUCGUGUUGGACUGACUGGUUUGACUGUCGCUGAGCAUUUCCGUGAUGCCGAAGGACAGGAUGUGCUUCUCUUCAUUGAUAACAUUUUCCGUUUCACUCAGGCAAACUCUGAGGUGUCUGCUCUGCUUGGACGUAUUCCAUCUGCUGUGGGAUACCAACCAACCCUUGCUACCGACCUGGGAGGGCUGCAGGAGCGGAUUACCACCACAAAAAAGGGUUCUAUUACAUCCGUGCAAGCUAUUUAUGUGCCAGCUGAUGACUUGACAGAUCCGGCCCCUGCUACCACUUUUGCCCAUCUUGAUGCUACCACCGUGCUGUCACGACAGAUUUCUGAGCUCGGUAUUUAUCCUGCUGUCGAUCCUUUGGAUUCCACAUCCAGAAUGUUGUCUCCUCAUGUUCUUGGCGAGGCUCACUACAACACUGCUCGUGGUGUUCAGAAGGUUCUUCAGAAUUACAAGAAUCUUCAAGAUAUUAUUGCCAUUUUGGGAAUGGAUGAGCUCAGUGAGGACGACAAGUUAACAGUCGCUCGUGCUAGGAAAAUUCAGCGGUUCCUUAGCCAACCUUUCCAUGUUGCUGAAGUUUUCACAGGCGCACCUGGAAAGUAUGUUGAGCUUAAGGAGGGUGUUCAAAGUUUCCAGGGUGUUCUGGAUGGGAAAUACGAUGACCUUUCAGAGCAGGCAUUCUACAUGGUUGGAGGAAUAGAGGAGGUCAUUGCCAAGGCUGAGAAGAUUGCCAAGGAGAACGCUUGA